CAGGAAAGGAAGUUCGAAAACGGCGCCAUGACAGUUUGUGAAAGGCUCCUGCAACUGUUGGAAGGUAAGGUUGAGUUCAACGCCCAGGUAUGCGACCUUCAGCAGGACGAGAAGGGGGUCGUCGUGGGCGUCAUCGAUGGCAGGGAGUUCCAGGCUGAUUACGUCAUAAUGGCGAUCCCGCUGCCCAUGCAGCUGAAAGUUCAUUACGAGCCUCCACUGUCGCCGCUGCGAAACCAGCUCAUACAACGUACGCCGGUUGGCUCAGCGUUCAAGAUGAACAUUUACUACGCCAAGCCCUUCUGGAGGGAAGCAGGCUACGGUGGAAUAGCAUCCUGUUCCGACGACGACCUGGCUUUCACCAUUACCACGGACGACUGCAGACCUGGAUUCUCACUGGCGGCUCUCACGGUAUUCGCCAUCGGUGACAAGGCCUUGAGGCUACAGGAACUGCCGAAACAGGUCAGGCCCAAAGUCAUCGCAGCAGAUUUGGCAAGGGCCUUCGAACACGAAGCGGCCUACAACCCUGUGCACUUCGAAGAGAAGAACUGGCUCGAGGAGCAGUACUCCGGUGGUUGCUACGUGUCCACAUUCCCGACGGGGGUCAUGAGCAAAUACGGAAAGACCCUGCGGGAACCGUUCGGCCGGGUGUACUUCGCGGGCACGGAGACGGCAACGGUGUGGCCUGGCUACAUGAACGGCGCUGUGCAGGCUGGAGAGAGGGCUGCCAGGGAGGUCCUAUGUGCGAUGAAACUGCUACGGAAAGACGAGAUCUGGGACGAAGAACAAGAAUUUAAGGGUGUGAAAGCGCAGCCGUUCGAGAUGUCCUUCCUGGAGCGGCAUCCCCCUCACGUGCUGCUUGUCGCCACUACUGGAGCCGUCGCCGCGUCCGGUGUCGCCUGUGUGGCGGGCUACUGCGUCUGGAAGGCAGUCACCGCCAUGCGGGGGCCAUAGGGUAGCUUUAUCAAUCAGAGGGCACUUCGCAGAGAAGCAUUCUCGAACGCACAUUGUACUUCAUCAGAAGGGCCUUAUCCACGGAUGGCGAAGUCACCGCUGAAUAUAUACCACCUAUUGAGCGUUAGAGCACAGUAAUAGUACGUAUCUUCCCGUAGCAGUCUGUGAAUAAGGCUCUCAAGCAUUGCGAUUAUACUCUAUUGUCAAAGACAUGCAUGGGUACCAGGCGGCAUCUAACGUGCGACGGGCUUGAAGUAAGGUUGACCCUACUGCAGAAACUUAUUGGAACGUGUUAAAGAGUUAUUCAACGCGGUUGCUGGUAUGACAGAUUUCAAACCAGACCGAGUGCAGCAUUGUCACGCAUGAAGGAGAAGGGAAGGUGAGAGGUCAACCAAGCACGGCCGGUUUGCUACCCUACGCAAAUCACGCCACUGAUGCAUUCUCAAAAGUUGCUUCCGAAAAGACGCUACAAGCUCCGUGGCAUCGACUCGGCGCGAGGACUUUGUUUUUCCAGCACCAAGGAGAAUACGCAGAGCGGUUUGCUCUCGGAACGCUGGGAACCGCUUGUACGCAAGAGAAGUGGUGCCAAGCCAGGUGUUGCUUUGGCGUAGCGUUUCAGACUGUGCUACAGCUUUUAUUAAGAAUGUACUUUCCAUAUGCAAACUACACAUUAAUCGCUGCACGCCAUGUCGGUUCUGCGCUUUGUAUUGUAAAGCUUGCUGACCUCCCAUAUCAUUUAUAGAUAAAAUAAAUGUUUUAUUUUGAAAAAUAAUUGCUGCUGAUUGCGAUUAAAAGAAAAAUAAAAGGUGCAACAAAGCUGUCUUAAUCGAA